AUGCAAAAUUAUCUGGCCCUGUUCGGUGAAAUCAAAGGGGCAGACGAAGGGAUAAGCUGGGGCUUGCUGUGGGCGCAGCGCAUGAUUGCGGCAAGGCUGACUGACGUCGGCGGAAAUGCAAUGAUCAUGUCCUUGGUCAGGCAUGAACAUUCGUCUGAGGCUAGGAGACCUUUCAGCGUCUCUUUCUCUCCAUUUCGCCGCGAAACCGAUUUUGGCGGAUUAAAGAGUUCACGAAUCAAACAACAGACAAAAGAAGUUGAACUAUCAGCAUCCUGGGACAGUGAUAACAGCUCCAAGAAACGGGCGUUCAACGAACGCUUCGGCUCCGAAAAGCACAUGGUCACAGGUUGCCGGUAG